GCACGAUGUCGGAGAGUCCUCGUCGGCUACAGCCCAGCAGUGGAGGCGGAUGCAGUGCGGCAGAGCUGCGGAGAAGGUCGGAGGGCACUCGAGGAAACAACGCCGGUCGACAUCCGCCCGAGCCACGCAGGGCUUCCGAUACGGCUGCACGGAGAUCUAUCAGUGAGCGUCGCUGCACCAACACAUCAAUAAACAGUGAGCGCCGGCGGCACUGGGGCGGCUCCGAACCGAGAACUUCUGUCACCUCCCAAGUUUCACAAAUGCAGAACUAUCGCCGUGAAACAAGUCAGUCGAAGGCAGGAGUUGUGAUCACAUCGUUCCGUCAGUCACACAGAAGGAGUAGCACAUCAACGGCUGCUGCGGCGUUCGCAGUGGCGACGUCGGCCUCGUCCAAUCCGAGGUCUCCUCCAGCCAACUCUCCGACACAGGCGAGGCGAGACUCCGUCAUAUCCACGGCAGCUACUAUGCGAGUUCUCAAUGUAUUGCGUCAUUGGAUAUCCAAGCAUAGUUCAGACUUCUGGUCGGAUGAGCGUCUCCGCGGGCUCACUAUGGACUUCCUCAAGGAGAUAGAAAGUAGUCCUGGCCUGCUCCCCGCGGAGCAUAAGGCUGCAGCUCAACUGUUGCGACUUCUGGAGCGCCCACCUGACAGGAAUGUGGACUUGAAGGGAAUAUUUACACCGCCAAGAAUACCCACGAAGGAGAGCCUGGAAACACUCUCCGCGUUGGAGAUCGCGGAGCAGAUGACUUACCUGGACUAUCAGAUAUUUAGCUCCAUACACAGCGAGGAGUUUCUUGGCCAGGCGUGGACUAAAGCUGACAAGGCCGAGCGUGCCCCACAUAUCUUGAUGAUGACUGCACACUUCAACCACAUCUCCAGUCUGGUCAUAUCCGAGAUCCUAAAGCGGGUGCCAUGUCCAGGAGCUCGAGAUCUCCAUGAGCGCCAGGAACACGCUCUCAAAUGUCGAGUGGCGGCGAUAGAAAAGUGGGCAGCGGUUGCAGACAUAGCAAGGUGCCUUCACAACUUCAAUGGCGUGCUGCAGAUCUGUGCGGCAAUCUCCAACACCUCAAUAUUUAGACUUAAGAAGACUUGGGAGAAAGUCUCGAAAACUAGCAAACAAACCCUGGAGAGAUUGCAGAACCUGACAUCAUCAGAAUGUCGUUUCAGAAACCUGAGAGAUGCAUUACACAGGUGUGAUCCGCCGUGCAUUCCUUACUUGGGCAUGUAUCUCUCCGACCUGUCGUUCAUCGAGGAAGGAACACCAAACUACACACCAGAGAAACUGCUGAAUUUCUCUAAGAUGAGAAUGAUUGCGCACGUGAUAAGGGAGAUAAGGAACUUUCAGCAAACUCCCUACAAAAUAGACCAUAUUCCGAAGGUGUGCGACUUCCUGUUGGAGCCGUCGCUGGCUUUCAGCGAGGAGACGCAGUACGACCUGUCUCUGGAGCAGGAGCCUCGUGCCGCCCGGGGCUCCUCCAGCGGCCUGCCCCCGGACAAGACGGGCCCUGCUUCCCCCGCCGCGCACCGCCGCCGCCGAGCUUCACUAGCCGCUCUCGCCCCAUUGCGUACCGAGCGAUAACGAGCAUACUCGCUUCGAGAUGACUUACAUUUUACUACUAUUUUUUUAUUAUAUAAUAUCAUUACUGCUGAUUUUGAAUGCUAGUAAAAUUCCUGCUCAUUGCAUAACUCUCUUUGCUCAUUCAUAGUACCGCCAUCAUUCAUAGGUAAUCAUAUCCACUAUUUUUUUGUUCCCUAUUAUGCUAACUCGUAAUUUCUUGCAAUUUUACCGACGGCUAUGGACUGCAAUAGUUGUUUUUCUUUCUUAUUCUCAACUACUCAUUAUUGCAGUCUGUAAAUAAAGGAAUUCCAUUUGUAAUCCCAUUCUUUACAUGCGACCGCCGCACUACAGGUACUAUUAUUGGUUUAUGCGAAAGUGGUGACAGAUAUUAUCACAGAAUAGGUAAAAUACGUCAUAUUACAAUAUCAUUCGUUAUACACUCCUUAAACCUAAGUAAAGCACUGGUCUGGCUCUGGUCGAGGUUUACUACUAGUUUCGUACUAUACAUCAAAGGUACUUCGAUUGUAUUGCAGAUCUCAAGUGACCCCAGUGACUAGUGAUCCGGCUUAUGAGGUGUGGCGUAUUCCUUUCUGGUCUCUAUAAAAUUUUAGCGCUAUAAAGGUCUUUCGACAUGUUCAUGUAUUUAUUUCGUGGAAAAAAUAUUAUGUACUGGGCAUGAUUAUCAUAAGAGUCUGAUGGAGAAUACACUAAUAAAUAAAGACAUUAAAACUUUAAUAAAUAAUUGAUAGAUACAAAUUCCAUGCUUCACGUGGAAUGUAAUAUCAUACCAAAAUGUUUUAUCCAGUUUGAUUUUUCAUAAGAGACUUAAUUCAAAAACUUGUUAAGACAUAUUUGAAAUAAAACUGCCUAAAUGCUCACUUUGUAGUUAGAUACACGUACGCCAUGAUACAUGAAUGAUGUAAUAUUUUAGGAACGCUCUUCAUUUUAUCAAUUAUCAUUAUUAAAAAAUAAUAUAUUUAAUAUUAUUAAACUGGGCAUAAAUGAUGCUUAUAAUGUAAGCCCAUUUGUAGCAUUUAAGAGUUGAAAUGAAGUUUAAUAAUGCGACACAAAAGGCUUUUCUAAAUAGAUUCUAUCAUUUUUUACAAUAUUAUUAUCAAUAAAUGUAUAAAAUUCACCUAAUAUGUCUAAAUAUAAUGGUAAGUUUUUGAAAACGUCAAUGCCAAAUUAGAUAAUACUUAUAGAUUUAGGAAGAAAAUAAAAAAAUUAAAACACGGGUCGAUAUUAUUCAAAACAACAUGAAGAUUAUUAGCAAAGUAAAUAAGCAUAAUAAUCGAGGAAGUAUUGGCUGAAAAGGAUUCUAAGAGAUUGCUGAUUUUACUAAAAAAAAAAAUUAAAUAACAAACGACCGAGGAUGAAACGAGAUAUGUAGUCCUAGAAACAAAUCAAAUAAUUAAAGUAACUAGGGUAAUAUUUUAUGGGCAUAACUUCAGCGUUAUAUGAAGAGAUUUAUAAAAACUAGCCAAUGAUAAGAUAAACACAAAAAAUGAAACACAAACACACAGAAAGGACUUCCUCCUCUUUUACUCCUCAAAUGUGUCACUUUAGAUACAAAGCAUAGAAACAAAUGAAUUGAAAUACAGUACUCGAAUACUUAUCCACUAAAUAUAUAUUACGAACGAUAAUCAUAGUUGCAAAUAGUCAUUCCUUCCAACCUAGACGGUCAGCGUGGAAGAUCAUAACCACAAUACUCCAAAAGCAUACACAACAACAAAGUAAAGAUAGCAACCAAAACCAAACUCACAGUUUUACAUAUUUUAUAGUUUUACCGUAGUAGGUUUAAUGCCGAAUAUUGCGAUAUUUUACGAACUUUAAUUAAUAUACUUAGUACCUAUUAAUAUCCGUAUAAAUUUCUCCUCUCUCCCUGAAAUAUUUUAUUAUGCACGAGGAUAUGUUUAUAAAAGAGAGGAUUUUAUCCAUAUAUGUAUAUUCAUAUAUAAAACCAUUACGUCACGUAUAGCUUAUUCGUUGGCAAAACAUUGUGCGAAUAAAAUGCCUUCUAUUUUAUUGACUACUCUAUAUUUUUUAUACAAAAAAAUACAGUUACACGCUCCUAAAACGCGGUAGAGUGGUUCCGCGUUUUAGCGGCGUCUCCGUAUAAUGCUUUUUUACGACCUCGUAAUAAUAAUAAUUAAUCACAAUUCGUAACAAGUAUUUCCAACUGUUUGCCUAGUCUUACUAUUUUAUUAAGAUUUUUCAUACAAACAUUUAAUUAAAUAAUUUAAUUUUGUAAUAACACAAUUGACACACGUGCAAAAGUACGCGGAGCUAAUUAUGAACUGUACAAAUCAUUAUAAAUUUCACAGUACAGAUAUGUGUGUGGUAUAUAUGUAUGUGGGUCCCCGCGUUAAUAUUACUGUACAUUGUUUGAAAUAGGUCCCGAUGUCAAUACUAAGCUUUCAAAAAACUUAGUGUCAAUAGCGGUAAUAUUAAAAUGCAAACUUUAAUGAUGAAUAGAUAAUAUAAGAUAUUAAUAAUUGUUGAGAACAAUACUUAUGAAUGUUAUUCUUAUGUCCAGUUCUAAGUUUAAUGGAUCAUCUUGCGAACAUAUUUGUUAAUUAAUAUCUAUUUAGGUACAUUUUUAUCAACUCUUGUUACAUUUUUAAGAAUCUUUACAUAUUGUAUUAUAAAUAGUUAUAUACAUUCGUGUAGUUAUACAUAAAAUAAUGUACUUAUAGCAUUUGGUAUGAGUUAAUUUUUCUAUUUGAUUAAGCGAAUUAAGAAAAAGUUAUCAUAGGGUAUGUCGCAAUGAUAAUGCCACAUUUCUUAAUUGGUUUAAUUCUGUAACUGUCAUUAAAGUUUUUGGCACAACUUACUAGUUGUUGUAACUGAACGGUACUGUAAUAAUAUUUUGUGGUGCACUCCAAGGUACAUUGAUAGCGCCACUAGUCUUAAGUUUAUACUUUCAACAUUGAGCAGAAAUCCCGCAGAAAUAGCACCAAACAAUGUUAAUAAUAUCUGUAUAAGUAUAAAUCUAGUGGCGCAGAGUUUGCCCGCGAUAGAUUUAAUUGUUUAGUUGUAGUUUAAGUUUGGAUUCGUAAGCCUUAAUUGUUUUUUUUUUGCUUGAGAGAAAUUUUUGAGUGUUCUGCGGUGACAUUUUUUUAUUAUUAUCUUCAAUACUCAUCGUUAUAGAUAAGAUUAAAAAUAAAUCCCAUUGUUAGUUUUUCCAAAGUAAUUCAUCAACCUGUUUAAGUGAACCUGUAAUUUUGAAAAAACAAAAACCAUAUGCUACUGCAGCGAAUCUGAUUAAAAAACAGAUGGAAAAACAUAUUUUUUUUUAUUUAAAAAAAAUGUUUAAGCUACAUUGUCACCAUUACUAUCGCCUGCAGUAAGACCCUUUCAAGUAUAAAUUGGUGCCAAAAUGGGAGCGCUUCUCUAGUUAUUUCAUAAUUUUUCUAUGAAUAAAAUUAUUACGAUUAAAUAUCUAAAAACUGUGUUAGACGAUUUAGCUGGGUGUGCAGCCAAGAUUCAAUUGGAUUUGUUUAUUUGAACUAACAGGUUUAUUGUAAAAUGUAUAAUUUUAUUUAUUUAGUUACUGCUUAAAACAAUUUCUGAUCACCAUUCUUUGCAAGCGAAAUAGUCAUUGGUUUUAGGUAAGUACCAACCAAACUGAUCUGAAAAGAUCCUGUUACAGAGGAGUGAAUGAACACUAUUCAUAAUGAGUUCCAACUGUCGUAAGACUCAUCAACUUUUUGCCAACACAUUAUGUCGUACAAAAGCAGGCAAAGGCUUGCCGUUUUAACGAAUUGGUGAAGCUUAUAAUGUUUAUUUCAUUCAUAUUGAUAUUAUGUGCACGUCAGUUGUAAUGUUUAAAAAUCAAAUAGAACAAGUAUUAAAAUCAAAACUAAUACCUUUUAUAUUGUUUAAAAUUUAUAGUUUGUUGCACUUUUUCACUCUCUCUUUUUGUAUCUAUUAAAUUUUAACCUUCUAUCUAAUGUUUUACCUUUCUCAAUUUUUGUAAUUAAUCUGUGGAUAACGGUGCUGGUGGCACAUUUAGUAUUUUAUCACCUUAUAACAAAAUAAAAUUAUUAUUUCCCACAAAGAGCUUUUAUAAUAUUCAAAAUGAGCGGCGAUACACUUAUGCUUCUACUUCUCUUCUCUGUUGGCUUUCUGCUCGAUGAUUCUCAAUAAACUAAUUAUAAUUCUAUUUAUGAAAUUCUUGCUCAUUGUUAAAUUUGUUGUUGUAACAUAACGUGAUUGCCAGUGAGAAUAGGUGUUUUAGGUCUUUUCUACGUCUUUUCUAUGUCAUUUAUAGCUGUUAAUGUUAACGUUAGGUAUUUAUAGCAAAGAGUAAAUUUUUCGCUUACGACAAUGCUAUGGCUUAGUCCAAGAAUUACUAAUAAACACGUCUUGUAACGUGACAUGAAUGACACGGUCACGGCUGUCGGUUGAUUGUUAACGGUCACUUCCGAUAGCUGUUCGUUCAUAAAUUAUUUUAAUUAUAACUGAUAAAUCAUUAAAAAUAUUUCAUACAAGCUAGUAGAAGAAAAUAGUGUUAUGAAUUAUAUUGGUGAGGUUUUACUUAUCAUUUACGUCAAAAACAAUGACUGAACUCAAAACAUUAAUAUUGAUCCAAGAGAACAAAGUGUGCUUUGAAGAAAAAUUUAUGCUGAUUUAAGAUAUGAAUGUAUACAUAUUUGAAAAUCUAUUACUUACAUUGUUGAUUACUUACGUUAAAGUAAGGAUAAUUCGUGCACUUAGUAAUUGUAAUAGCAUUUCCUUAUAGUUCUAAGAAAAUUGUGUAAUAUAAAACCUUUCUUUUCAAAUCUAUUUAGAAGUUUGUCCAUUUUUUAUCAAAAAAUCCAAACUUACAGUAUGCAACUUCAUAUGUUUGAAUAUUUGCACAAAAUUUUAAAAGUUACUCACAUGUUACUUAUUAUAAGCGGAUAAUUAGUAUUAAGCCUAAUUAUAGUCUGACUUUUAUUGCAGCCUUCCUUUAUGUCACUUAGAAUUUUCCAUAGAAAUAACAAAACCUUAUGAUAAAAAUUGAAUUUUUAUUAUACUUAGAUGUAAAAACAAAACCACUAUUAAUCUUAUGAUAGUAACCCUUGAUCAUGAAACAGUUUUAAUUUACUAAUAGGUGAUAUACAUAAAUAUAAAUGUAGAAAAAAGUCUCGCUGAUAUUAUGGCAACUAAAUAUUAUGUAAAAUCAGAAGAUAAAUUAUUAAAACUUUCGUGAGAAUUUAAUUUAUUGUUAAGUUAUUUAUUAUUAUGGAUUUACUCCCGAUUUAUCUGUGUAAGUACCCACUAGUUUCGUACCAUUCGGAGGUUCUUCAUCAGGGUGAGUGUGGAGGGUUCGUGAUAACGUUCCGUUUCAUACUACGGACUUGUGAACGUAGUGCGCGGCUGGACAGGGCGGGGACUAGUCGAAACCCACACCGAUAAAUCGUGAGUAAAUAACUAAAUCAGAAGAUAGUUAUCUGUUUUAUCAACAUUAAUUAAAAGUAUGUGUCGUUGUUGUAAUUCAUAUUAAUGAUAUUAAUUAUUAUAUUAGCAUUUAAUUAAAUGUUAACCUUACCGAAGUAGGUAAAUAGUAAUUGCUGUGUUACCUUGAUUAAUACUUCUACAUCGUGUGUGCUCAAUUGUGUCUACUGCUUAUCAACUUGUGUUUCAUUAUUAUUUACUAUUAUCUUACAAACAUCAUUAAUUAGAACAUGAAUACAUACCAAGACAAAUAUUAAUAGAUUUUCCAUCACAUUCAGCAUUAUUUAAGUACAUAUUUGGUUUGGUUCUAGUAGGUAUCAUCUUACUUUAGUAAUUCAAGUAAAGGAGGCUGUUUGAAUUCUAAUCUUGGCUUUAAUAUGUACACACCUGUUACAAUAAUAGUUGUUAAUAAUUAAGUCAAACUUAGUUGGUAGUCACGUAUGGAGAUCUAAGUGAAACAUAUUUUAAAAAUAUUUCAUAUCAAUUUUAAUAUAUCGGUUUAAAUAAUUAUUGUGGCAUAGAUGUACUGCGAAGAAAAUAAUUACUAUAGUUAUCACUCGUUUUCUAUUAAUAUAUUCGUAUUCUAGUACUUUAAAGUGUUAAUCUACAUAUUUGCUUGAGUGUACCUACUCUUGUAAAUGAAUCUUUCUAUGAUACCUCGUCUUACGGAAAAAUUGGGCAAAAAGAGAUUGGCGAACCGAUUUUCCGGCCUUUUACUUCAUUAAGUCUUCCGGUGGUGUGAAAACUAACAAUUGGGCAGAAAUAAACUCCACAGGUACGAAAUAUGUAACACCUAUUUCCAAGUACAUAAGAAAAGAUUAUGGCCGCUGGACAAGACAAAAGAAAAAGUUGUUGACAGAUAUUGUAUUUAAUAUAAAUAAUGCGGUUUAAUUACAUAAAGUUUUAAAUGUCAAUUACUAGGUCAGUAAACACGCUCAUUCAAUAACGGUUCCACAAUAUAUUUUGAGCUUUAAGCCAUUUCAUAUUUAACUUUUAAAAUUACCAACUUCAAAACAAUAUUUACACUGGUCAUGCCAUUUGGAACAUUGUCGAAAUAUUGUUUUUUAUUACAAGUUGUGAAUAUUCGCUGACAUUUUUAAAUUUAUUUGAUGAAUGUCAUAUGAUCUUUAUUUAAUUUAAAUCAGCGCAAAUAAUAUUUCAAACAUAGAUUUUAGUGAGAUUUGUUUUCUGUUUGUUUAAAAAGACGUGAUGUAUGAAUUCAUUAUGAAUAAUGUGCCAAAUAAAUGAAACACUAAACAGUACAAAUUAGUAUUUUUGCGUAUAACUUAAUAAGUAUUCAAAGGAUUUUAUUUCGUGGAACAUAUUUUUCUACCGAGAUGUACGAACAAUGAACUCUCGUUAAUCGUUCGUAUAUGUUCGUACAUGAACUCACGUUCAUUGUUCGUACAUGUUCGUACAUGAACUCUCGUUCAUUAUUCAUACAUCUACUCAGGCCCGUCCAGUUCUCGACUCGUCUUAGUAAUAAUACUUGUAUUAUAUACUAUUCUUUGGUAAUAAAACUGAACUUUGUUGUGAUUGUUGACUAUAUUAACUGUCGAUUGUUGUUUCCUUCUAAAUAAAGUUGUAUAAAGUU